AUGCAGACCCCAACCGCUACCGUGCGACUCAGGAUCACCUCUCGAUCUAUCCAGCGCUGCCUAAAGCUGAACUUUCCGAGAGACAUGUGGAGCACCUCCUCGACGUCGACGUCGCCCCUCCAUUUGGACCUCACCUCCAUUGACCCGCGCUUGGAGAACUUCCUCUCGACACUUUCUGCCUUUCAGUCCCGCCUGGUUAGGUUUCAUCAGUCACGAAUGAGGUCGGGCGUGGCGCAAGUCGGGAUCCAAGCGGUCACCCACACGAGAGAUAGCAAAUGCCUUCCUUCAGCUUGGCCUUCAACUCCAGGUACACAUCCAGGUUCAGCCCCGAUCUGCAACCUCACAGGCCCGUCGUCCUUGACGCCGCCCUGGCGCGGUAUCGUCACUGUAGCCUUCUUGUUGGAGUUUUCUCACCAUCGCCGUCGCCGCUGUCGGUUCUACUACUGUCGUCGCCAUCGAAGCCCAGGUUUUCGCGGUUCCGGUUCCGCCCCCGCUGCCGUCCACGCUGACCCCGGAGUCGGCCUUCGAGAUGCCCGUGUUCGAGCCGCCGACGCUGGACGCCGAGUCGUCGACCUGAGGCCUAGCUCGCCGAGGGUUUCACUCUAG